AUGUCGUCGUCAUCCCGCGUCGCGGAGAUCGAGGUUGUGGUGACCGACGGCGGCGCCAGGAAGGCGGCGGAGGGGGAGAAGCAGCCGGACCCCGUGGUGAACGUCUACUCGGCUGCGGCGUACGGGGAUCUGGAGCGACUGCGGCGGUUCGUGGAGCUUGACGGCGGCGGCUCGUCGCUCGCCGCGCCCGACGGCAACGGCUAUCACGCUCUCCAGUGGGCCGCGCUCAAUAACUACCCCCACGUGGCGCUCUACAUCAUCGAGCAUGGAGGGGGCGUGAACGCAGAAGACAAUUCGCAGCAGACAGCGCUGCACUGGGCGGCGGUGCGCGGGGCCACGGCCACGGCCGAUGUGCUGCUGGAGAACGGCGCGAGGCUAGAGGCAGCCGAUGUGAACGGCUACCGGGCAGUCCAUGUUGCAGCUCAGUAUGGCCAAACAACAUUCUUGCAUCACAUCAUCUUAAAGUAUGGUGCGGACUUUGAAGCUUUGGACAAUGACGGGAGGAGCUCUUUGCACUGGGCUGCGUACAGGGGAAAUGCAGAUACAAUCAGGUUACUACUGUUUAUGGAUGCUAAUCAAGUAAGGCAGGACAAAAAUGGUUGCACUCCCUUACACUGGGCUGUUAUAAGAGGAAGUUUAGAAGUUUGCACCCUUCUUGUACAUGCAGGCACCAAGCAGGAACUAACAUUGAGGGAUAGAGGUGGGUUUACUCCUUUGCAACUUGCAGCAGACAAAGGUCAACGGCAUCUUUCCAAUAUACUUUCUAAUGCUACAAAAGUAAGCUUUGGAGACAAGUACUGCUCAGGGAGGCUGGGCAAGCAUCUGAUUUUUCUAGAAUCACUGCUGCUGUUGGUCUUUGGUCAUGGGCUGCUAUUUCUCUUGCCUUGGCGUCACAAGUGGUGUUCUACAGAGUUAGCAGAAACACUCCAGGCUACAUCAAAACCAAUACCGAGGGGGUUGAUCCGAAGAGAAGAGGCGGGAAAGGGGAAAGCGAGUUCAGGCAUCGCCGGGAAACCCACUGAACUACUCAUGGGGAUUGAUCUUAGUUCCUCUACUUUUACAGGCAAUUGGUCUCAGCUAUGCCCUACUUGCAAGAUAGUUCGCCCUGUGCGCUCCAAACAUUGUCCAAUUUGUAAGCAGUGUGUUGAACAGUUUGACCAUCACUGCCCCUGGAUAUCAAAUUGUGUUGGGAAGAGAAAUAAGUGGGACUUUUUGGUGUUUCUUUGUAUGGGGAUAGCUACAACCCUUCUCGGUGCUGCCGUUGGAUUCCACAGACUUUGGACGGAGCCCAUUAUACUCUCAUCUUCUGAGUCGUGGACUCACUUCAUGGUGACAAAACAUCCUGGUGCUGUAUUGUUCAUGUUCAUGGAUAUUUUCUUAUUAACUGGAGCUCUUAUUUUGAUGGUGGCACAAGCAGUAAUGAUAGCGAGGAAUCUCACAACUAAUGAGGCCGCAAACCAGUCGCGCUACACUUAUCUUCGUGGGCCUGAUGGACGCUUCAGGAAUCCUUAUAACCAAGGCUGGCAGAAGAACUGCGUUUAUUUUCUUGUUAAUGGCUACAACAACGACGAGGAGGCUGCAUGGCCAACCCUUCAACAGACAGUAUAG